AUGUCGAAGGGCUUGAUGCAUGUGGAGGUAGAUGCUCUGCUCACCUGUAGUACCGUUUACAGGCAGAUCGAAAACUUGCAAGAGCAACUUAGGGAUAAAGACAAGCAACUGACCAACCUGAAGGACAGAGUGAAGUCCCUGCAGACAGACUCCAGUAACACAGACACUGCCCUGGCGACGCUCGAGGAGGCUUUGUCGGAGAAGGAAAGAAUAAUUGAGCGUUUGAAAGAACAGCGGGAGAGAGAUGAUCGGGAAAGACUAGAAGAAAUAGAAUCUUUCCGAAAAGAGAACAAAGACCUGAAAGAGAAGGUCAAUGCUUUACAAGCUGAGCUGACUGAAAAAGAGUCUAGUUUGAUCGACCUCAAGGAGCACGCGUCGUCACUAGCCUCGGCAGGCCUGAAAAGGGACUCUAAGUUAAAGUCUCUAGAAAUAGCCAUCGAGCAAAAGAAAGAAGAAUGUAGCAAACUGGAAGCACAGUUAAAAAAGGCGCAUAAUAUUGAAGAUGACUCCAGGAUGAACCCCGAGUUUGCAGACCGCAUAAAGCAGCUUGAUAAGGAGGCGUCUUACUACCGCGACGAGUGUGGCAAGGCCCAGGCGGAGGUCGACCGGCUGCUGGAAAUCCUCAAGGAGGUGGAGACCGAAAAGAACGACAAGGACAAGAAGAUCGCAGAGCUCGAGAGGCACAUGAAGGAUCAGAGUAAGAAGGUGGCCAACCUCAAGCACAAUCAGCAGCUGGAGAAGAAGAAGAACGCCCAGCUCCUGGAGGAAGUCCGCAGGCGAGAAGAUAGCCUGGCCGACGCCUCCCAGCACCUGCAGAUAGAGGAGCUGAUGAGCGCGCUGGAGAAGACCCGACAGGAGCUGGACGCCACCAAGGCGCGCCUGGCGUCCACGCAGCAGUCCCUGGCGGAGAAGGAGGCGCACCUGGCCAACCUCCGCAUGGAAAGGAGGAAGCAGCUGGAGGAGAUCCUGGAGAUGAAGUGA